UUUGCGCAGAGUGGAUGCGCACGAACACACGUCAGAGGUCUUAUUAUCACAGAGGAGGCGUACAAACAUUAUUGUGUUCAUCUGUGUCGAGCGAAUUCUAACGUUACCAAUUAAUUUUAGUCAAUAAACGAACAAUGAGUGAUCAUCCGGCGACUAGCAGGUGAGCCAAAUCUGAUCGUCGCUGAAAGAAAGAGGCGAAAUUUCGGCUAUUUUGUCAGCAUGGCUAGUUGCGGCGAGGUGAAUCUUUCUGUGGACUCCUUGACAUCUGGCAAGAAGGUGAGUGGGGAGUCUGUGACGGAGGGAAGUCCGUCCCCUUCGUCUCCUUCGCUGCCCAUUCCGGAGUGUGCAAUCUGUCUGCAGAGCUGUGUCCACCCCGUACGCCUGCCAUGCCGCCAUAUUUUCUGCUUCCUAUGUGUGAAAGGAGCUUCCUGGCACAGCAAACGCUGCGCCCUGUGUAGAGGGGAAGUGCCUGAGGACUUCCUGGAGCGUCCUACUUUGCUCUCGCCCGAGGAGCUGAAGGCUUCGGCGACUGGCGGACGUGGGACGGGGACUGGUGGCCACGCCUGGUACUACGAGGGGCGUAAUGGAUGGUGGCAGUACGACGAGCGGACAAGCCGAGAGCUAGAGGACGCGUUCAACAAGGGAAAGAAGAGCGCCGAGAUGCUGAUCGCCGGGUUCCUGUAUGUGGCCGACUUGGAGAACAUGGUGCAGUACAGGAGGAACGAACACGGCCGCAGGAGGAGGAUGAAGAGGGAUGUGGUGGACAUCCCUAAGAAGGGUGUGGCUGGAUUAAGACUCGAUCCAGAUCCCAAUCUCAGUUCCACAUCGGGAUCAGGAAAUGAUCCCAUUGCAGCGCCCGCGGUUGCGGAUUUAAAUGGAACAGUAGAUGGCGCCACAGUGGAGCGAGAAAGUUCGGCGGAUGGCGCAGACACUGGAAUCAGCGGAGGACGUCCACAAGGAGUCUUUGCUUCUGCUCCCGUAAGGCCGCCAACUGUCUUGGGCGGUCACCUGACCAGCCCUGCUUCCUCCGGCGAUAUUCAGCUUGUACAGGCUCUCUCCCAACUCGAUAUGAAUCCUGCUGAGCAAGAAACAGAAGAGGAAGACGCAGAUGACGAAGACGAUUCGGCCGCUCCGGAUGCCUCGGGGUAUGAAUCGGAGUCUGGCACAAGCGAGGAUGAAGAUGAUCAGGCUGGGGAUGAAGGUGAAGACGAGCACACAGAAGGCUCCCAGGGUAGGCAUAGACUGCAUCAGUUGGACAGACCACCCCCUGGUGGUGGCCCAGCGCAUAGCGGCGAUCGCUCUGGGUGCCCCGAUGGUCAGUGCACCAUUACGAAGGUCUGACGGCAGCACAACUACAGGACUCCUACCUAACUCCUACAACCGCUGGGUAUUUCUAACCAAUCUCUGAAAUGCAAAAAAUGAAACGAGUGAACCAUUCAAAUCAAUGAAACACGGUCUUGGAUAAGGGUGGAGGCUUGGGGCGGGUGGUUUUAGUGUAAGAAUAGUGCUUGUCUUUCUCUUUCAGUCUUGGAGGACUGUACCAGGGCUGUACUCUUUAAUGGAAAUUACAGGCAAAACUACAAUAAACUUGCUUUUAUCAUGCCUAGAAUACUGUAAAUUGGUCCAACCAUUACACUUUCAUUUGCAUUCAUGUAAUUGAAAAUAAAUAUUCAGAAUAAAACUACUUUUCACCCUGAAAUUAAAAGAAAAGUGUAUAAACUAUAUUUUGCACAAGCCUGGUAAAAGCGUUAAGAUUUUUGUUUUGCUAACAAUUACGCACAUUUCAUCCUAAACUCUCAUUACUCUAAUGCAUUUGUUUUAGUUAUUAUUCUCAGUGCUGAUUUUCAUUUGAUUCUUAUUACUGUGCUACAUACAUUUAUCUAAAAGUUGUAUUUAUUAUUGCAUUAAUGAGAAUUUGCCUAAUUGUACACAAUUUCACAAUGCGAAGAAAUCUUAAUCAUCUACAGUACAGGCUUCUCCUUUUUUAUUUUUAGGGUGAAAUAUGACCCAAACAUGUUCUUAAGGUUCCCGUUUUUUUCAUCUAGAAUGGCUCAACACCAUUAUCCAUUGGUUAUGGAGUCAUACAGUAAUAAUGAGCUGUGGUGUAAUGGAGUUAAAAUCUUUUCAUAAAAAUAUGCCAUAUCAGCUUUUAACCUGAGGCUUCUGCACUGCCAUCAGAAAAUAAUUGGAACUUUAUGCACUGUUUUAAUAAUGAUAAAAUAAAAUUGCAUCUCUUGGUAGGAAACCCAUAUGCAUUGCAUCUUAACUAGUUUUAUUAUUUGAAUAUCGCAAUUAUUCUGAUAGAUCAAAAUGCAUGACUUUAUAUUUUGCAAACAGUAUUUUCAUGGAAAUGUAGAACAUUUUGUUAUGCACCACCUGGUACAGAGCCUUCUAGAUCUGCAGCAAGUGGUAAUAAAUCCUUUUGGUGAAAUAACAAGCAUUAGAUGCAAAACCAGCAUAAUUUCAAAAGCAAAACCUAAUGAGAAAAUAAUUUAUUGUAGUUUUGCCAAGGAUUCCUCUUUAACAUGCUCUAGUCAUUAGAACACCUUCAAUCAUCUUACAUUUACUACUUCUAGUGAUUCAUGAUGUGAGGUUUAAAACUCUUUAACGGCGUGUGUGUGUGCAUUUGCGUUUAUUUUAAGCAACUUGUUUUUAUUCUUCUGUCUCAUCUUGGUGUGCUUUAUCUGUUUCAUGGAUUUGCAUGUGUUUCUGUGAGCAAGGAUGGAGCCCUGGACUAUGGCGCUUUGAACUCUGGGAAAGGCGAGUUUUAUCAUAUUGUAAUUUCUAGUUGUAAAGUACUCCUCAGACUGCAGCACACCGAGUGAGUGAGUGGUUUUCAAGCAUAGGUGUCCUAUUUGAAGUUUUUUGAAAUUUUUAUGUUAUUUUCAACCCUGCUAAUUCUCAUCUCCAUUUGUUCAGGUUAUUUGUUGUCAACAAAACAAAAUGAAAACUAAAAUCAAGAAUAACUUCUUUUUGGUGUAUUUAUGUUUUAACUGUGUUUUGUUACCAGGUUUAUCUGAGAAAUAAAGUGUCGUCUGUUACCUGUCUGA